AUGCCCCAGUACAUCUCGUACCGGCCGGCUCAAGGGCCAGAGCCAGCCGACCCGUUCGCCCACGACGACGACACCGAGUCGACCUACCAUACCCCGGCGGUAUGGGGCGACGACGGCGACGACCUCGCGGCGGGGAUCCUGUCCCACUGGCUCACGCCCCUCUCAGCGAGACACACAGCAAUGACUGACCGCUGGCUUUCGUCGCAGCACGAAUGGAGCACUGCACCAUUCGCGUUGAAUUGGCGUUGGGCAACAGCACGCAAAUGGUACUACUCGCACAACUCGCGGUGGUACACUUACGUGCCGGUGCUGCUCAACACGCUCGCGCGGCGGUUUGCGAAACAGGCGGGCCGCCGGCGUGUCCUCCUGCUCGACUUUGAAUUCUGGACCGGUCUAUCGCGACAUAGGUUCAAAGUCAACGAGUCACGAGAAGCGCGCGUCUUCAAGAGUUUCCAUGGCGUGGUGUACUCGGGCUCCUUGAGGGACUACGACCACAUCGUGUUCCCUGUAUGGUGGGAGAACGCAUGGCUCAUGAUGGCAGUCGACCGCCGCUCGGGGCUUCUGACGGUUUACGACCCGUGCGGCGUCUCAAGCCGCUCCCGAAAGCGGCUCGGUGUGCAAUGGGGUCCGGACUGGUCUAUUCUCCGCAACGUCUGCGUCAAAGUGUUCGCCUCCAUUGAUAGAGUGCCUAUUGAGGACGACAAGGUCCGCGUAUAUGUGCCCACUCCCACCGCACGCCCACGCGACUCUGCGGCCCUCGCUGUGGCUGCGAUGGAAGUGUUCGCUUAUGGAGGCCUGGACCCAGGGACCAUCAAGGCGUUCAUGCACUUCACUGAGCGUAUUACGCGGGGCUUCACGACGGCCGACAUCCUGUCGCAUCUCCCGCAGACUUCGGAUGCGCGACCCUUGUCGUACCUCUCUGUCUGCUCGGACUCGCCUCUGCUCUCCAACACGUGGUCACAAGCAGCCAGCGCAGCGGCAGGCCCAUCGCACUCUGCCCCACAUCCGCCCACGUCGUUCCGCAAGCGGAUGACGCCAUCCACCAAGGGCCUGGCACCCAGCAUCUCAAGCUCACGCGGGCUCAGCUCGACAUACGAAGCACGGUCACCGCGCCUGGGAAGCACGAUGCUUAGUGAGCGCACGGCGGUCCAAAAAGGCGACCGGUUGGGCAGCCCCGACCUUGCGGAUGAGCGUCACAGUGAGAUGGACAGCGGGAGCGAGGAUGGACAUGGUCACAAUGCCCACCUCUCGGCACAGGACGAGAAAGAAGCAAAGAAGAGCAAGAAGAGCCGCCGGCGUUUCUGGCCGUUUAAGAAGAAGACGUCGGAACCCAAGCUCAACGUCCACGGGCCCGUCAAGGACCUGCUUGACCGCGCGGUCUGGACCAUGCAGACCGGGCAUCGUGCGGCGGGGGUUACGUGCUGCGACCAAUGCUGCAACUGUGAAUUCUAG